AUGAGUUGCUAUUCAAUAUGUAUUUACCUGAUACUACUACUGCUACAUGUUUAUUUGAUUAUUUUUCUGUAUUCCGCAGCUAAGGCCGCCACUAAAAUUCAAGCCGUUUUUAGGGGACACCAAGUUCGAGCCACCAUGAAGAAGUCGGAAACCAAUAGUGCAGCCACCUCUUCAAAUAACACUGCAGCAGCUGCUACAGAGAACGAACCAACUAAAGAGGAAUUGGAGGCUGAAUUCGAUCCCAAUGACAAAGAACUUUGCUCGGCCGCUUUGAAAAUCCAGGCCACCUUCCGCGGUCAUUUGACACGUAAACUGGUUGCCAAAGAUACGCCCGAAGAUGUGGACAUUCAAGAGAUCACCAAGAAGGUAGCUGAAGAGUUGGAUAUUGACCUCAGUGAUCCUGAAUUGAAUAAGGCGGCUACCAAAAUCCAAGCCUCGUUCCGUGGACAUAAAACCCGCAAAGAAGCCCAGCCCGUUGAAUAAGAAGAAACAUUUUGAACGCGUUGUUGGUUU